GUACAGGGACAAGGUGAGUAGGAAGUCUUAGAGCGUGGUGAAGAGGGUUGGCUGGCUGGCUGACGUGGUCUCUCUCUGUGUGUGGCUGUGUGCAGCGCGAGCCGGAGACGCGGACCGUCGACGAGAUGGUGCUGGGCGUGCGCGAGCAGCUGACCGAGGCGAUCCGCCUGCGGCUGCGCGCCGACGUGCCCGUCGGCAUCUACCUGUCGGGCGGCAUCGACUCGUCCCUGGUGGCCGGCAUCGUGACGCACCUCGUUCGCGAGGAGGGCGCGCGGCUCGGCAACCAGGACGCGACCAGCCGCAUCUGCUGCUUCAGCAUCGAGUUCCCCGGCCAGGGCAGCUACGACGAGUCGGACGUCGCCGAGCGGACGGCCAACUGGCUGGGCGUGCAGAUCCUCAAGAAGCGCAUGGACGAGGCCACGCUGGCCGACAACUUCGCCGACUCGGUCUGGCACUGCGAGCACCACAACAUGAACCUGAACUCGGUCGGCAAGUUCGUCUUGUCCACCCUCCCUCGCGAGCACGGCUUCAAGGUCGUGCUCACGGGCGAGGGCUCCGACGAGCACUUCGCCGGCUACCCCUGGCUCAUCGGCGAGUUCCUGCGCGAGCCCGACCCGGCCAUGCCCGGGACCGAGCUGGCCCGGGACGCGGCGCUGCGCGACAGCCUGCGGGAGCGCGGCCGCAGGGAGUUCAUGGCGAUGGUGCAGCGGGAGCGGAGCCUGGGUUCGAGGAACCCCACCAACCCGGAGGCGUUCCGCGCCGUCAACGAGGUCAGGAUGCUGGGGCUGACGCAGGCGUUCCUGCCGCCGCCCGCCCUCUGGAGCUCGUGGGUGCGCGAGGCGUGGGCCGGCGCGGACCCUGUGAUGGCGCAGACCGCGGAGAUGCCGGAGGAGGCGAAGCAGAAGAUGCGCGAGACGUGGCACCCGCUGCACACGGCGCAGUACCUGUGGAGCCGGUCCCUGCUCGCCAACAUGCUGCUGACGUGUUUGGGCGAUCGCACCGAGAUGGCCCACAGCAUCGAGGCGCGCCCGCCGUUCCUCGACCACGUGCUGUCCGAGUACGCGAACGGGCUGCCGCCCAGCGUCAAGCUGGCCUACACCCCCGAGCGGGAGAACGAGGCCCGCAGCGGCGGGCUGCCGUGGGAGAACGGGAACGUCCUCGCGGACCUGUUCACGGAGAAGUGGAUCCUGCGGGAGGCGGGCAAGCCGUUCAUCACCCAGGAGCUGUACGAGCGCAAGAAGCAGCCGUACGUGGCGCCCAACCGGUGGCCCAAGGACGGGCCGCUGGACAAGAAGAUGAGGGAGAUCUGCACCAGGGAGGCGGUCGAGAGGCUCGGGUUUGUCGAUUACGAGCACGUGAAGGCGGCCAUGGACACGGCGUUCGGCGACGACGCGGACCGCGGGUCGUUCAGGCUGCUGCUCGCCGUGGCGGCGUGGGUAACGAUCAGUGAGCGCUUCGGCGUGCGGCGGGCCGAGCCGAGCGACCAAGCGAGGGGAGGAAACACCGAUGGAGGUCUGGGCGGGCAGGCAUGAUGAAUGACGAGCCCGGGACACAGAUUAGAAGGGGGGGAAAGGAGGGGGAGGUGGAGGAGGAGCCAAGAU